AUGUUGCCGAUUUAUCAUUCACUCCGUGUCAACGGCUGCAGACGAACUUUAUUACGAGUUGACUUGCUUAGACAAUCGUGUAUGUUAUUUACUACUUCGAGUUCAUCAAAUCAACAUUCAGAGUUGAUGCAUUUCUUAAAUGGGAGGAAUAUUUUUCAAAGAUACUGUCAGUGUCCUAAAACUACGUCAAGGACAACUGCAAUGCUAUCUGAACAUUGUCGGCGCUUCGCCAGUGGCCGAGAGGUGCAGACAGACGACGGCGCGUUCUUCGUACGUGAAGGCGCUAAGAAACGAGAUACCAUUCAGCGUAAAUAUAGGAAAACCCUCGAUCCGAGUAAAAUAGGUCAGGGCAAAGGGAAAAAAAUUGUAAAUAUCAAAAAGGAAAUGAAGAUAGAAGACCUGGCAACCGCAAUGGAUGUUGAUAAUGACCACGUUUAUGAAGCUCUGUUGAUAAGAAAGGAUAGUGAUGACUUUGACUUCGAACCACAUACAGUACUAAAAGAGCCUGUGAUCAUCGAUGUCAUUAAGAAAUCAGGUAUGCUGUACCAGUAUGCUAAAUUAAAGGAAGAUAAACCCAGGAAGAAUAAAGACGUAUUUAAACGGCCACCGGCUGAUCCGGAUGACAUGGUGAGCCGUCCAGCUGUAGUGACCGUGAUGGGGCACGUAGAUCAUGGUAAAACGUCUCUGCUCGAUACAUUGCGAAAGACAUCAGUAGCUGCCGGAGAAGCUGGAGGCAUAACACAGCAUAUAGGUGCUUUUUCAGUUAAGUUACCAUCCAUGGAAGUGAUAACAUUUUUAGAUACUCCAGGACAUGCAGCUUUUUCAGCGAUGAGAGCCCGUGGUGCACACGUCACUGAUAUUGUAGUGUUAGUCGUAGCCGCUGAUGAUGGUGUCAUGGGUCAAACUAUCGAGUCAAUACACCACGCAACUCACUCACAAGUUCCAAUAAUAGUUGCCAUUAACAAGAUCGAUAAAUCAGACGCUGACCCUGAUUUUACAAAGAAAGAUCUGCUAGCGCAUGGUGUCCAUAUUGAGGAAUUAGGAGGAGACAUCCAAGCAGUUGAAAUAUCAGCAGUUCAGGGGACCAACGUUGACGUUUUAACCGAAGCCAUCGCAGCACAGGCUGAAAUGAUGGAACUCAAAGCUGAUGUAAAGGGCUUUGUGGAAGGAACAAUACUAGAAUCAAGAUUGGAUAAAGGGCAAGGCCCGAUUGCCACCGUGUUAGUUCAACGAGGAACGCUGAAAAAAGGGUGUGUUUUAGUUGCUGGAACAUCACGGUGUAAAGUCAGAGGAAUGUUUAACGAACAUAGACAACCUUUAAAAAUAGCUCUACCGAGCACGCCUGUUGAAAUAACUGGUUGGAAAGGAUUGCCAUCGGCUGGCGAAGAAAUGUUACAAGUAGAAACUGAGAAAAAAGCUAAAGAAGUUACUGAUUGGAGAAUUGUAGAAAAAAAAGAAAAAUUAUUGUCAGAAGAAAAGGAGAUUAUACAGUUGAAAGCUGAAGAGCAGAAAGCGGCACAUACACAGAAAAUGAUGGAAAGGAGUAAACUACAUUGGAAGGAAUACCACCGACUACAAGUCGAUAAAAAUAAGAAAUUAAUGGAGGAGCAAAAAGAUCGCAAUGAUCCCGUACUUAAUGUUAUUCUUAAAGGUGAUGUAGAUGGCUCCAUGGAAGCACUUCUCAACAUGUUCCAUACAUAUAACUGCCAUGACCUAUGUGAUUUACAGCUGGCACACUGGGGUGUUGGCAUGGUAACCAUCAAAGACAUUGAAAUGGCGCAAAUGUUCAACGGAAUCGUAUAUGGUUUUAACGUCACUGUUCACCCGGAAGCUCAGAUACUCGCAAGAAAAGAAGGAGUGACUAUUAAAUUGCACAAAGUUAUUUAUAAAUUAUUAGACGAUUUAAAAGAUGAUCUCAGCUCUAAGUUGCCAUUGAAAGAAGAGUAUGAAGUUAUUGGUGAAGCCAAUUUAUUACAAGUGUUCACAGUGACUGAUGGGAAGAAAAAAAGGACAGUAGCUGGCUGUAGGGUUACUAAGGGAAAUUUAUUAAAAAAUGGAUAUUAUAAAGUGAAUCGAAGAAAUAGUACUAUAUUAACUGGUUCGUUAACUUCAAUGCGCCAUUUGAAAGAUGAGGUGAACACCAUCACGAAAGGGAUGGAAUGCGGACUCAGUUUUGAUCAAUAUGAAACAUUACAGCCGGGCGAUACUGUGCAAUGUUGCGAAAUUAAACAAAUACCGCAAAAGAUUAGCUGGGAUCCUGGAUUUUAAAAUUGGCCGAUUUAAUUUGGGGGAAUUUAUUCCAG